GAGAGGGAGAGAGAGUAGUAAGGAGGGAGGUGAACUGGUCGGUUAAUGCAAACAGCCGCGGCGGCAGUCCGGCGUCCCCUGGAAAGCAGGACCGCUCUGAAUCCUGCCCACGCCGCGAGGGGAGGGGAGGGGGGGAUUGGUGGUGGGGGUGUCGAAGAGCAACAGCCGCGGGAGGAGAAGGAAGGGAAGCCGGCAGAAACCACCUUGAAGGCGUCCAGCUGUCCCAGGCGCGUCUCGGGAUCUGUCCUGGCGCCGGCACGCGCGUAUACACACACACACGCACGCACGCACGCACGGACACACAAGCAUCUCUACACACGUGGGCGCUUUUCGCCUCCGCUCGCGGCUGGACACCAACCCCCUGGGCAAAAAAAGGGGGGGGGACCGACGCACUGAUUCCCAGAAGGGGGGCACCCCCCCCCCCACCCCGGACCUCCUUUCCUCCGCCUGCCAGUCGGUGCCAUCUCAAGUUGGAGCGUGGGAGCUUGUGGGCAGCAGGGCGCCGAGUCUCCGGAGCCCUCGCUUUAAGUGGCGGCCAGUUUCCCUGCUUUUCUUCCCUCCUCCGCGCACUUCUUCAACUCUUUAAGAUUUUUCUUUUUGUAUGUACCAGACGUGAUUUCCCCCUCCUCCCCUCAACGUUUUUGGGAUUUUAUUAUCUCUUUUCUCUGUUUGGUAGCCGGGAAGAAAAAAAGCAACACAGUUUCUUGUUUUUAAGCAACAUUUGCAACCUGUUACGUUUCUUUUAUUAUUAUUAUUAUCAUUAUCAUUCUUAUUAGGCGCUAUCUAUUGCAGGUUAUUAUUAUUUUUGUUUUAAUAGAAAGCAAUUGCUGGCUUGAACCCGCCACCUUUGCUGGAGCAUCUCAUCUGCUCGCAAACUCACUCUUGGACUUGCAACCAAUUCAAGCAGUUUGGCGGACCGGCCACUUGGCAUAUCCUAUCCGGACUCGCGAUCUGUUGCAUUUAUUCUUUCGAUCCUUCGGUGUUUUUUUUAAAUUUGUUUUUUGUUUUAAAGAAGACCUGAACCUUGUUUGCACAUCUUAAACUGCCGCGGAGAAAAUUCCAGGAAACAUUUUGGUCCUUUCUUUGUGGGAGAAGCCGAACGAAAAGAAGCGUGUUUUGGAUUUUAUUUUAUUUUUCACUUUUAAACCUUUUUUUUUUCCCCUUCCCAAAAAUGCACUGCUAUCUCCUGAGCGUGUUCGUCACCCUGGAUCUGGCCACGGUGGCCUUUGCCCUCUCUACGUGCAGCACCCUAGACACUGACCAGUUCAUGCGUAAGCGGAUCGAAGCGAUCCGAGGCCAAAUCCUGAGCAAACUGAAACUCACCAGCCCCCCGGAAGAGUACCCCGAGCCCGAGGAGGUUCCUCCGGAGGUCAUCUCAAUCUACAACAGCACAAGGGACUUGCUGCAGGAGAAAGCGAACCACAGAGCAGCCUCUUGUGAAAAGGAAAGGAGCGAUGAGGAAUAUUACGCCAAAGAGGUUUACAAAAUUGACAUGGGGAGUUACCACCCUUCGGCAAAUUUCAUCUCAACAAGCAAUCAAAACCCAUACUUUAGAAGAGUGAGAUUUGAUGUCUCAGCGAUGGAGAAAAACGCUUCCAACUUAGUGAAAGCAGAAUUUAGAGUCUUCCGCUUACAGAAUCCGAAAGCUCGUGUAUCAGAACAACGGAUAGAACUGUAUCAGAUGAUCAAAAAUAAAGAUCCCACAUCACCUACACAACGUUAUAUCGAUAGCAAGGUCGUGAAAACAAGAGCUGAGGGAGAAUGGUUAUCUUUUGAUGUAACUGAGGCUGUACAUGAGUGGCUCCACCACAAAGACAGAAAUUUGGGGCUUAAGAUCAGUUUACAUUGCCCAUGUUGCACAUUUGUGCCUUCAAAUAACUAUAUUAUCCCAAAUAAAAGUGAAGAAUUAGAGGCAAGAUUUGCAGGUAUUGAUGACCACCCUUAUUCCAGUGGUGAGAAAGCUUUAAAGUCCAGUAGGAAAAAAUACAGUGGGAAGAGCCCACAUCUUCUGCUAAUGUUAUUACCCUCCUACAGACUUGAGUCGCAACAAUCCAGUCGGCGGAAGAAGCGUGCUUUAGAUGCUGCCUAUUGUUUUAGGAACGUGCAAGAUAACUGCUGUCUACGUCCAUUUUAUAUUGAUUUCAAGAGAGAUCUUGGAUGGAAAUGGAUACAUGAACCUAAAGGAUAUCAUGCAAAUUUCUGUGCCGGAGCUUGUCCCUAUUUAUGGAGCUCAGAUACUCAGCACAGUAGAGUGCUUAGCUUGUAUAACUCAAUCAACCCAGAAGCAUCUGCAUCUCCAUGCUGUGUAUCCCAGGAUCUGGAACCCCUCACUAUCUUGUAUUACAUUGGCAAAGCACCCAAAAUUGAACAGCUGUCAAACAUGAUUGUAAAGUCUUGCAAAUGCAGCUAAAGGAUGUAUUGGAGCAUAUUUUGGAAUAUGUAUAUUUUUUUCCCCUCUGGAAAGAAAGGAAGAAAAAAAACAUUCAAAAAGAAGGAAACAAAAAAAUACAUCAUCCGUGGCUUUUAAAAAGAAAAACAAAAGAAAAAAACAAAACGGUACUAGUCUGACUGAAUUGAAACUUGGUUUCAUUGUUUCGUGUUUUGUUUUUAAGCAGUCAUCUGAUGCAAAACCGUGAAGCCUUAUCCUACAUUUCAUCUACUUGGUUAGUGAGAUAGGCAUGAAGCAUUUUUAGGAAAGCAGAAAUACUAACAAGAAAGAACAAAAAGAAAGAAAACCUUUUUAAAAAAAUAAACACUGGAAGAAUUUGUGAAAGGAAAAAAACAGGAAAAACCCAUUAAGUGGAGUUGCUGUAUCUAUCCCGUGGCUUACUUGAUUUUUAUAUUGUUAUGCCAUAGGUGCCCUAUCUGUUCCUUGUAGUUUUUAGAAUUAACAGUGCAUUAUUUAUUUUUGUGUAAUGCGAUCAAACAAGACUAUGUAUUGCCCUAGGCCCUAGGGGUUGUGGGGACAGACUAGAAAGACACAAAUGUUCAGACCAAACAAUCAACUAAACAUGUGUUUAAUACCUGGGGAACAUGAACUCAGAAAUAUCCUGAAAACAAUAAUUAGUUUAACCCAAUUAAAACAGAACUGUUAUUACAUCAUUAAGAAAGCCUGCUAUAAAAAGAAAAGCCACACACACACCUUGUUCUCUUGCAGAACGCCUAAGAGGGCUUCUGUGUAAAGCCUCAUACCAUUGUUGUAAUACUGAAGAGGUUAUUAAUAAAGGACAUUUUGUUUUCGUCUCAAAGACAAACCUAUUAAGAUUAAAACAACAACUGUAAAUGAAAACUGUCAAUUUAGUAAGCCAGUGAAAUAUUUAACAUGUAUUGGUCUCAUCUUCAGACCCUAAUACGUUGCUGUAUAGCUAUGCUUUGAGAUUGUUUUUGAUAUAUGUAACCACACCUAUGAUAUUAAAAUAGGGUGGAUAGUAAGAAGCCAGCUAAAUUGGAAACAUAUCUGUAGAUCUCUAUUGUAAACUAUUAAAAAAAUAAGUACUUUAUGUGUAAUGUGUAAAUUUUCAGCAUAUUUUUGUAUACUGUUAAUACUGUCAACUCUGAAGAAUUUGAAUUUGGGGGCUCUUGUUGAUUACUCAGAAUCAUGUGCUUCCCUCGAGCUGGCCAGUAUAGGUAGAGUCCCCUGUACUUUUAACUUGCACUACAAAUACAUGUUUUAUAAUAUUUGCUAUACAUGCGUUUUGUAUGUUGUUUUUCAUCUCUAUGAUACAAGCUACUUUUUUUUUUCUCCUUUCGGUCUGUAUAUAGACAGAGGGAUAGAUUUAAAUAUUGUUUUGUAUAAAAUGUAUGUAUCUUCAAACAUCUUAAAAUUUUAAACUUCACAUACACACACAUUUCUGAAGAUGGGUGAUGGGACUGGAGUCUGCCUUUGAUUGCCUUGUUUUGAUCACAGGUAAUUAGUCCAAAGACAAGAUCUGCCAGAUCAAAAGGCAGAAGUUAACUUGGCAAUUGUGGUGGGCCUGUGCAUCACCCGAGAAAUCUGCGAAAGCUGGUUGCAUGUGCAACUUCACUCCUUUCCUGGGCACAGUAGACGCCCAGUUGGGGGCUCCUUUCAUUUCCCCAUUAAGUUGCCCAACAAAGUGAUACCUAUUUAUCUACUUGCAGUUGGUCAUUUUUGAACUGCUGGGUGUUGGCAGGAACUGGAGCAUGUGACAGGAAUUUGCCUUGUCCCGCAGCAGUAACCGGGUUUUGAUCACAAGCCUACAGACUAUCAGCCCAAAGUCCUAACCUGGUGAACCACCAUGCUCCUUCAUUAAUUACUUAAAAGGGUACUGUAAUAGGUCCAGUUAAAUUCCAAAUUAAAGAAAGGAAGGACCUAUGCACUAUCUGUAUUCCAACAUAGUAGACACUAAGAAAAUGGUAUCAGUGACCAGAUUCUUGGUACAGUGGGACAGAUAGAAAGCAACUGAGUCUGGUCUUUCGUCUCAACAAAACCCAGGGUUUGGGAAUAUAGGGAUUUAUUAAAGCUUACGGGUGAUCUUUCUAAGCUGGACCAAACUUUUAAAGCUGUACAUGCACUGCUUAUUUAUAUAUACAGAUAUACAAUGAAAAAACUUGCUUCUCAACAUGUGCUCCCCAUAAUUUGACUUGAGCAUUCUGGAAGUUAUAGUAUGGUGAAGAAAAUCAUGUUUUACACUGAUUCAGUCAAGAAAUAUUAGUCUUUGAUGAUUGAAGGUUUAUUUUUCCCCAGAAGUAUUAAGAUUGGAACAGGAACACAAAGUAUCAGGUGUAUUGAUUUUUACACCAAGAUAAACAGUCCCCAGUUACUUUUCUUGAAUAUUGUACCUUAAUACUACCAAAGUAAUAUUAGAUGAAAUCCUAUCUAUAUUGAAUACAAAUAAUUGUUACAUAAAUCAUAUCUAAUUUAUUCAAAUUAGGUUUUUUUUCCAUACUGGUGACUUUAACUCCCAAAAAUCUCACUCACCAUUAGCCAGUCCUUUAAGCUUUAUUCAGCUGAAUAUUACUCCUUAGCAAAAUAUCCAGGAUGUAGCCUAAUUUGGAUUAAUCCUACCCCUGAUUAAAUCUAAUCUAAAUUGAAUUGAUUUAAUUAGAAUUCUCAUUCAGAAAGAGGGGUAGUUGUAGUAAUAUUUGAGGAAUUCAAAUCAUUGCUAACAGGUUUUACUUACCUGGAAUCAGUAAACUAAUUAAUUACAAAAUUGUCUUUCUCAACCCAUCAGCUUCACAAUUGAUCUAUAAGAUCAGGCAUUAUAUCUGUAUUGUUCUGAUAACCUUUCUUGGCUUUUUUUCAUUAAAAGAAAUAAGCAUCCACAUGAACAUCGCUGUCAUACAUUUUUAGAUGUUCCUUGUAUAAAAAAAGGUUGGUUAGUCAUAUUUUAAUUUAUUCUGCUUUAGUAUGUAUCAAGCAUGUCAAUUAAAUGAAAAUAAAUAUUACAAAAUAUAGGAGGAAGCAUGA